UUCUUCUUGACAAAAUAGCUCAAUUACAAAUCGCUUCUUUGUUUCUCCAGUUGCAUAUAUGAUAUAACCCAAAGUAAUGACGAAGGUACUCUCUUCCCCCAACUUAUUAUUUUCCUUAAUAUUCUACUUAUAAUCAAGUUCUCUUCAAUUUCAAUACAAAAAUAAAUUUUCUAUACCCUUCUAAAGAGUUUUUAGGAAAUUAAAACUGUUUAAUUUAAUAAAACCUGUAAUAAAUCAGCGUUCUUAUCUCCUAAAUUUUAUAUUUUAUUAAAAAGGAAUUUUGAGCAUUAAUUUUCUACCUUUUUUUGCCAAUAUUUUGCCGAAUUUUGUUCCAUUUUUCGGCAUAGAUUUUAUGAUUUUGAUUAUUCAGUUUUUGGGUGCAAAAAAACUGUACUGUAGAAUCAUUUUCCAUUUAUUUAAUUAGUUUUGAGCUUAAUGAGAUGAUAAAUGAAGACGGGACUGGAGAGAAAUUAUCCUCCGUCUUUAUCUCGCCUUGUGAUCCCCCACAAGAUCGAGGAUCGGACGGUGAGGAUGUGUUGUCGCAAUACUCGUCCUGUGACGGUGAAUCAGAAUUUGAGCAAUACUGUAGUGCCAACUCAGCAAUGGGAACACCUAGUUUCCGUGGUAGUUCGUUUCAAGAUUCUGAUUUUGGGUCAUUGAAAAGCUUCAAACUUGGGGAUGAAGUCAGUAGUUUCAAGAAUUUUGGCUCAAAAAGGGUAUUAUCUGGUUUUCAUGAAUCCGAGCGCGCGAGUGGUUCUAAUAGAGGAAAUGAAUUUUCUUCUGACGAGAAAAGUAAUGGGCUGUUGAAUUUGGGUGGAAGCAAUGAGGGCUUUGCAGCUAGUGAUGUUGAUCUGAUGAGUAAGCUUGAUUUAGAUGGUAACUGGGGAUAUGAGGGUGUAAAUGAGAUUUCGACUGCGAGAACUAGUGAGGGAAAUACUAGAAUUUUGGAUGAUUUUCGAGAUAUUGAAGGAGGUACAGAUUGUCAUAGGGAUGUCGAGGAGAGAAAUGACGAGGGUGAGGACAGGAAAAGCUUGGAUGAAGAUGAAGCUUUGUCAAGGUACGAGCAUUCAGAGGGUGAGGAUUCAAUGUUUGGUUACAGUGAUGACGAGAGGAAGCUUGAUAAAUAUUCUCGGAAGAAUGUGCAGUUUCGGGAUGAAGGACCUCCAAAAAAUGAAUAUCAGUUUGUCAUGAAUUCGGCGGUGGCUUUUGGUUCAGAUGAUUGGGAUGAUUUUGUGCAAGAAAGUGUGGAUCAUAAUCAUGCUUCAAUGGUUUGGCAUGAAUUUCAGGGUGGAAAGCAGGACAUCGACUCUUUGAAUUCCACUUCUGCUAACUUUGUUAGGCGCCCAACUGUUAUUUUGGCUGAGCAGCAUAAUGAGAAGAGAAGUAUUCCUGAAGUCCAUAAUCAAGUCCAAGUUGCUACUGGAUUAGCAGAGACGAACACAAAUAAUCCUUCCAGAGACUCAACCAGCCAUAUGAAACUCAAUGCACAAGAGCCUGUCGAUGAUGUGGAAGGAGUGCUUUCAAGCAAUCUAGACAGUGGUGUUGAUGAAGUCUCGGAAUAUCUUGAAUCCCUUCCUGUUCUUAAUAUAUUCGAAACAAACCUAGAUCCACUGACAAAUGAUGCCCCAGUAAUUGAUGGAUUGGAAAGCAGAGGAACUGAAUUAGAAAUGAAACAUCAAGACACAAAUACCGGAGAUGUCACAGGCAUUCAUGAUGGUACAGUUUCUAGAAAUUUGUGCUUAGAGAAAACAAGCUUAGAGUUAAAUCCUCCUUCAGAGUCUUUGGAUAAUCAACACCAUGUGAUUUCCGGGGAAUUUGAGGAAGUUAGGAAGGUUGAAUUCUUUGAAGAUAACAAUUCAGUUUCAUUGUCGCAAUUGGCUGAUAACAAUACGAGUGGAAUGAAGACAAAUUCUCCUUUCUCAUUCGAUCGCUACGAAGAUCAUUUUGCACCAGUUAAGACAAAAGCCUUUGAGUUGAAUGAUUUUUACGAUGAGGUUGUUAAUGAAAUGGAAGAAAUACUACUUGACUCAGGUGAGUCUCCUCAGUCCAGUUUCACCCAGGAUGCUAGAGAAUAUAAAUCCCAGUUACCUCGACCUUUAAGAGACGGUGGAUCAGCUGCAUCUACUUCGGGCACAGAUAAUGCUGAUCAUUUGUUUAAGCAGCCUCAAAGAAUUGAUGGAAUUCAGGUUGUAGGUGCAAGGCAAGAGAAAGGGGAUGUUUCACUGACUGAACGGCUUGUUGGCGUGAAAGAAUACACUGUUUAUAGAAUAAGAGUGUGGAGUGGAGAAGAUCACUGGGAGGUGGAGCGACGAUACCGUGAUUUCAAUGCUUUAUACCGUCAAUUGAAGAAACAAUUUACUGAUCAAGGCUGGAGAAUUCCGUCACCCUGGUCCUCUGUUGAGGGGGAAUCCAGAAAGAUAUUUGCUAAUUCUUCUCCCAGUGUCAUUGCAGAUCGAAGUAUUCUCAUCCAAGAAUGUUUACGCUCUAUUCUGAAACCUAAAUAUUCUUCCAGCUCCCUCAGUGCUUUGAUUUCUUUCCUGUCUCCAUCAGAAGUUGUUCCUGGUUCACCCGCAUCUGAUACAAGAGCACCUCAGUCCCCAUUAUCUAAUAGAGGUUCACACGUGGAAAAUGUUUCUACAUUGGGAAAGACCAUUUCACUAGUUGUUCAGAUCCAUCCUCCCAAAACGGUUAAACAGAUGCUUGAUGCACAGCACUAUACAUGUGCUGGCUGCCACAAAAAUUUUGACGAUGGAAGAACAAGGGUGCAAGAAUUUGUACACGCAUUAGGAUGGGGCAAACCUCGUCUUUGUGAAUACAGUGGCCAGUUAUUCUGCUCUUCAUGCCACAACAAUGAUGCUGCUGUCUUGCCAGCCAGAGUUCUGCAUCUUUGGGAUUUUACUCAGUACCCUGUUUCCCAGCUGGCUAAAUCAUACUUGGAUUCUAUUUAUGACCAGCCAAUGCUUUGUGUCAGUGCAGUUAAUCCUUUCUUAUUUUCAAAAGUUCCAGCAUUGCAGCAUGUUGCGAAUACCCGAAAAAGAGUAAGAGCUAUGCUUCCAUACGUUCGCUGCCCAUUUCGUGCUUCUAUCUUUAAAGGUCUCAGAUCUCGAAGAUAUCUUCUUGAAAGCAAUGACUUCUUUUCUCUUAAAGACCUCAUUGAUCUAUCCAAGGGGGUGUUUUCAGCAUUGCCUGUGAUGGUUGAAGCUGUCUCUAGAAAGAUCCAGGAACACAUCACAGAACAAUGCCUCGUGUGCUAUGAUGCUGGUACUCCCUGCAGUGCUCGACUUGCCUGUAACAAUCCAUCAUCACUCAUUUUUCCUUUUCAGGCAAGAUUCUACUACUACUUUUAAAACUCUAGCUCUUGUUAAAGUGCACGAGACAAGAAAUAGAUAUUCAUCAAAGCCAAAGAAUCUCAACUAAAAUCUACAUAAUUGUAAGUCUUGAAUACACUUAUGGCGUGC